UUGGUUGAGAAAUGGGGCAGUAGUAGCAGGUAAUCAUUAGUUGGAAGGAAAAGGGUGAAUUUCGGGAAAAUUUUGAAUUUUGGAUCACCCCCGCAAAUGUAAUCAGUUCUUCCAUAUCCCAUUUUGGAAGUAAUAAGGUUUAAUCAAACAACUUACCCCUGGCAGGUUUCCGUUGACUGGAAAAAGCAUCACAGUGUUGUUUCUGGUAAUCUUCACAUCUUUGUAAAUAAACCUCAUGGUGAUGAUAGCACACUGUUACAUCUCCAUUGGAAUGUAGGUCAGCUGCAGAUACUCCACUCCUCCAGACCAACAAGCCUACAUCUCCUUUGGACAAAUUGGAAAUAAUGUGGGAUCUUUAUUUUGCGUACAAAACCUGUUUUAUGACAACUGUGCAGGAGAGAGUAUCCUCUGUCAUGAUUGACACGCUAUACAAUUGCUGGACUGCUCAUCUCAUUUUAUAGGCUUUAAAGCAACACACAAUUAUUCGAUUAAUUCUUCAGUCUGGUACAUUUUCAAAGCUGAGACAGAAGCACCGCAACGCACGAUAAAAAAGGUGUCAAAACACUGGCAACAUGAAGUAAUUAAGGUGACUACCAGCUGAGACCCCAACAGACCCUGAGCAAAUAUUUGCUAAUGUUUCUUUUUGUGCCCCUGAGCAUUGCAUUGUACCCAAGACAACAACUUGUCUGUCACCUCUGUCUAUUUCAAAGCUGAAGACCUUUUUAACAAGAUGAUGUUGGCAUUUCUCAUUUGGAUUUCAAGGGUCAGUCGCUUGGCACCCAAAGGACAAGCAUGCCAAGUGACUAGUUUUAAGAUUAGUUGAUGUCUACUAAAAUAUGGUAGUCAAGCAUCUGGCAUGUCUGGCAUAAUUUAUUCAAUGCCAGGUCAAAUGCCACAUGAUUUAAUAAGCCGUGGUAUGCAGACCUGCAUGCUCACUCAAGGUGAUUUUACACCCCCAAAACAUAUUUACAUUGUAUGUUUAUACAUUGGGAGUAAAACAAUCUUAGCAUAUGCAUCAGAUUAUUGAUUUGACCCACUAGUCACAGAAUAAACUGAUGAUCUAAGCAUGUACAUCAGGCACACAAAAGACAUGAAAAAUCACACAAAAUCGUGAGGGAGGCUGUCUUUGGAGAGCACAGCUGUAAAGUGCACUGGCGAGCCUCAGAGGUCACAACCUCAAUGGAUCUCCUUUUCCUGCUGUGCCACAUUGGAAACCUGGCACACAACCCAAAGCCCCUCACACUCUUGAAAAGCCACUAUCAAGCAAAUCAUGGUUAUCUUAUGUUGUGUUCAGACAUUUCGAUAAUGUUUGGCACAAGACUGAAUUUGGAUAAUAGCUUGUGUGAACAGUAACCCGUGUCGCAAAGAAAUGGAGCCUGUUUAAGGUGCUUCACUUGUGCAUGGUCAGCACAGCGUUAAAAAGGACCACACAACACGGCAGUGCUGAGAAAGGAAUUUGCUGCUAACUGUUGCCAUGAUACAGCCCCUUCCUAAAUUACAAGUCCACCAAGCGGUUGGACACAAACUGGCAGCAGACUUGGACAGACUGGACAAAUUGCACUUGUGUGAGUGGGAGGGAGCCAGGCUAUGACAAUGUUAAUUCCUCUACAUUGUGCAGCACGACUUCCCCUGACGUUUGACUCUGGAAUGUUUUCGUGCUUUAUUUAUACUGCAUCCAAUUGAUUGCAUUAUUUGUGCCGGGUUCUGGCCGGAGGACUAUUUUCUGCCCUAAGGCUAAGCUUUUGAAAAGUGGGGAUGAUCUAUUAUUUGUUUCUGCGCAUGUUUUUCCCUAAAUCCACAGCUCUUUCUUUCAGCAAAUACUAAAAACAUCAAUUUUCUGUGGUCUUUUAAUGGAGCGUAAAAUGCCAAAGCUUGUUGUCAAAACCAUCAUGGUUCUGAUAACUAAACAUGGGGUCAUCUGAGAGUUGGACACCUCGCCACAAUGAGCUUGCGCUAGACAAAUGGAAACAUGGGGUGGAAAACAUUUUGUGCCAAAAACAGUUACGAUGAAUAUUUUUUAAUUUCAUUUGACUUGGUGACAGUGACUUUGACUGUAUGUGCACAUCUGUUGCAAAAUGAUUUCCACGUUUCAUUUCUGUAUCUCUCCCAGGAUGAAACACAUGAAAACCCAAACCUACUCAGUAAUCCAUCUGUCGUCUCUUUGAGACAGCCUGCAAUAAAUGGAUAACAUAUCAGUUUAAAUAUAAACAGCAAUAGUGGAAAACUGGUAUGGGAGCUAAAUGCUGUCAAGAAGUUUUAUAUUUUAGCCACAUUGCUGUUCCUUGUAUGACACAAUGAAUCUUAAAGAUUGAACAAAGUUUAUUUAGCGACGCUGGUUGACCUUCUAAUUUCUUUGUACUGUAUUUCCCAACUCAUUUGCCCAUAAGACUAAACUGGUACCACCAUCAUCAAGUCUUAAUUAGCUGUGUAGCUCAGUGGCUUUCAAAGUUUGACAAAAAUAAAGCUCCAGCUCUGCUAAGUUACAGUUGUGUUUAAAGGCACAAUGACUGCAUUUCAUUCAUACAGUGAGAGAGUAAAUUGUAUUAUAUUCUCUGAGGAGAGGCUCAAUGUGCCACACUUGGAAGACCUCUGGCGCAGGCACUUUUUUAGUAACCUUUAAACUUUCUGAACUGUCAUGCAAAUGUGAAAAUAAGUUGACCACAUAUACAGUAUGUAUUGAAUUUAACAGUACAUUGUGUACGUUUCCAUGCAUUCUGAAUGAAUAAUCAGCAGGAGAUUUGACUUGGAGGUCAAAUUCUAAGGCCCGGUUUCCCGUACAGGGAUUAAGCCCUAGUUGCAGACUAAAUCACAUUGGAAACCGGGAUUUACUGAAACGGCUUUCUCAGACAUGGAUUAAAAUAGUGUCAGACUUGUCCUAGUCUUGAGUUAAAUCAUCUCCUUUCUUGAAGGGAGACUACAGCUAAUCCGGGUCUAGAUCAAGACUUAAAUUCAUACUUGGCCAGAGGCAGGUUUACCUUGAGCAUGGCUGAAGUAGCCAAUGAAAAGACAGGGAACACCUUUGGUCUGCAGCACUUUUCAUAAACACGUGUAUAUACACACAAGCCAAUGCUAUGCUAACCUGCUGGGGAAAACAGUAUACACACUAAAGCAAAUGAGUGCUGGAGUCUUUCCUCACCUGAACUGUCUUGAUGAUCAUCAUACCUUUUCAAGGGUUGCUGGCUUUCAAUCAUCCCAAUUAGGAAGUCUCCUACGUCAUUUCUUUCUGGUCUAACUGGGGGCCCCCACCUGUCUUGAAAAACUCCCGAGAAGCAGUGGCUGUUGUUUUAUUCAUGUGGAUUUUACAACAACAUUUUAUCGUUAUUUAUACAUGCUGUGACCAUGCAGUAACGGGUACAUUCAUGUUCACAUGUACAUUCAAGACUUACAUUAUUUUGCUGUAUUUUGAUUAAGCAUUGCAACUUCUUUACUGGUUGCAUUGAUUUCACAUCUAGUGCUAUUUCCGUCAACAACAGCAGCAUGUCAAGCGCGUGUCUGUUUGUUACUACUAAUCAUGGCAGCCGCCGACGACUACUUUUGGACAAACGAGGAUCCAGAACCUUAUCUUUUUAGCCUCAAUUUACGGAGAAUGAGCUACGGAUUUUAGAAGCUGAGGUCCACAAGCAGAGAGAGUGUAACUUCGAAGGUAGCAGAUGGGGGGCAAGUCAUUACACAGGCAUGAUUUGGUGGUGUAAAUGUGGAGCUUGUCAAGCCAUGCCGACAGAACUGGAGUGUGGCAUACAGUGUUACCAUCAAUGGGAAGACUUGUGUGUGUGUGUGUGUGUGUGUGUGUGUGUGUGUGUGUGUAUAUAUAUGUAUAUGUAUAUAUGUUCAACAACUCCCACUGUUCAUACUGUGCUUUUAAAAUAAUGACACUGAAUAUGAUACAGUAUGCAGUUACUUGCCUUGGUGUAGUUGUCUUUAUAAAGUUACAAAAAUUACAAAGAAUAAUACAAUUAAAAAUAACACUUCUCUGCAUAGUUCCCUUAUUAUUGGCAAGGACUGAUCGAAACCAUGGCUCCUUAGCACUGUUACAACAUUGGUUCUGUUGCCACUGUGUUGUGUAAGUUGUCUUACUUAAUAAAUGAACAUGUGGUCAGAGAGGUAUGUUUUCCUUUCGACUUUCCACAUCAUUAUUCAAGUGAAAAAAAGACGUUAUAUAGAGUAUAUAAAGAGUUACAUUAGGACAGUCGGGCAUUUCUUAGAAGUGUCCAUUCAGCAGGCAGUAGUGGCGACUAUUACGAGACAUCACAGCUGACUCACAGUCCUCCCUGACAUGCUGACCUCCACCAAAGUCUCCAAAAAAACACCCCCAUGUCUGCUGCAAGGUCCAGUGGUCGGCUCCUUCCUCCAUUCUCUUACCCACGCAUACACAAAGUGCAGUAUUUUCAUACUUGAAGCCCGUUUACUGUAUGGGCAUAGUGUGUGGGUGUGUAAUGGUGACUAAUCCAAUUUGUGGUCUUAUUCUGGAUCUCUAGUUGUCACUGAGCCCUUAAUCACUGUGGUAAGAGAUCCACACAAACUAAUCUCUUCCCCAAGCUCACUGAUCCUUGUGACUAUAGUUUUUUUUUUUUAGUUCUCAUGAAUGAAUAUCGUGGGUAAACACAACACGAGUAUCACUGCCCUUCUGUCAAAUCCCCUCAGCGAGGCAGCGAAGCACCAGGCUCCUGUCAUUGACCUGGAACCGUUUAUCUCAGCUACUCCCGAUCCGCCUCCUUCCAUCCAUUCACUCACGCGGGGAGGCUUGGCUUGCUUGUUGCCGCGGGUUACGCCUGUUGCUGAGCGCAAUGUCGGAGCGCAUGCAGCUCUCCCUUGCCUUGUGCAGGAUUGGGCUUUACACGUGUUUCCGGGCACUGUGCUGUAAAGGACCGCCACCGCCAAGACCGGAGUACGAUGUGGUAUGCAUCGGCCUAACGGGUGCUGGAAAGACCAGCCUUCUCUCGCGCCUCUGUAGUGAGGGCAGCGACGGAAUUGUUCCCACCACUGGUUUUAGCAUCAAAGCAGUGCCAUUUCCAAAUGCCAUCUUGAAUGUAAAAGAACUUGGAGGAGCUGACAACAUCAAGAAAUAUUGGUGCCGCUACUAUCAGGGGUCGCAGGGUGUCGUCUUUGUAUUGGACAGCGCUUCAUCAGAUGAGGACCUUGAGGCGGCGCGUAAUGAGCUGCACUCGGCCCUGCAGCACCCACAGCUCUGCACACUGCCUUUCCUCAUCCUCGCCAAUCACCAGGACAAGCCCGCUGCAAGGACGCCAAACCAGAUCAAGAAGUACUUUGAGCUGGAGCCUCUGGCCAGGGGGAAGCGCUGGAUCCUAGAGGGCACCAGCACGGACCACAUGGACACUGUGAAGGAGAGCUUCGCCCAGUUCAUCAUCCUGCUGGAGGACAAAGACACACCGCCCGCCAGGAUAUGACGCUCGCUGGCGCUGAGAGACACAAAAACAGCGGACGACGACACACAACGUCCUGCUGGUGCACACACCGACAAGUACACGCCACCCCUCUAUCUCCUUCAGGACUAUCUUCUCCAGGGGCCUUCAGAACCAAGUAGAACCUCUUGUGAUGAUGCUCCACGGGCACCGCGUGUUGAGAUGGGGCCUUGUAAUCUCUAGCUACACCCCUGCUGACACGCACGCACGCACGCACACACACAGUGGAGCCCAUGUUGUCUGUAGAUAUGUUUAACUCUUCCACUAAUGACUUUACAGGAUGUCUGAGUGGGAACUGUUGAUGUUGUUUCCACCUGACAAGUACUGUACGUCUUAAGUAAGUGUGCUUCUCCUCGCGCCUUCUUAUGUACACUAUCAGUCCGUCACACCAUCUUGGAAUACACUAUGUUGUACGGUGACAUGCAAACGUGACACAGUGAUGUCUUCCCUCCCUCCCACACCACUCGUCAUGUGACUGUGUCAGAGUGCCAAGCAGUACAUCUCAAUGCUUUUAGCAAUGUGCAGCAUAGAAGACCUUUUUAAUAAACGCUAUGUCACACUACUUAGGAAUUCUUUUAAAUGACCAAAGCCGUUUUUGAAAAGGUAUUAAUGCCACACUGAAAAGAAGACAUUAUACUAGUAUGGAAUAUAGCUAAAAUAACCACAAUGAAGUUGAAAUAUUGAGAAAAUAUUUUUUACAAAUCUUACACAUGAAAAUUGUUAAUAUUAAUCUGUUAUAAUGUCCUAAUGAUCAGGAGUGUAAACAACAAAAAAGGCAUUUUUAGAGAAAAAAGAAACAAAAAGCAUCAUUUUACAUGAUAAAGGUGUGAUAUUACAAGAAUACAUUUGCAAUAUUAAGGGGGAAAAGUUAUGCUUUCAUGGGAAUGAAGUUGAGAAGUCACGUGGUUUGAAAAAGUGAUCAUUUUUUCCAACAAUAAAGUCCGAAUAUUACACGAGAAUGAAGUUGUCAUUUUAGGAGAAUUAAGUUGUAAUAGUUUGAGGGAAAAAAUCCCAAUUUUACAAGAAUAAAUAUGUAAUAUGGGGGAAAAAGGUUUGAAUUUUUAAUGAAUAAAAUCCAAAUUGUAUUUGAGUUGGUCUUGAUUUAAUGACACUAUUGAUGCCCUAUAAUAUUACAUGAAAAUAUUAUAGUUUUAUGGGAUUUAAGUAGUCAUUUUCCAUGAAUAAAGUCAUCAUUUUACACGAGAAAAAAUGGUAAUAGAGCAUUAGGUAGUAAUUUUACACGAAUGUCUGUAAUGUCUGUCAUGACGACAUCGUUUUAUGAGAAUUCAGUUGUCAUCGCCCACAAAUAGUCAUUAUUGUGUUGGGGGGAAAAAGAAGUAAUAUUUGGAGAAUGAAGUACACAUUUUUUGAGAAAAAUUUGUCAUGACUUCAUGAAAAUAAGAUGAAAUAUGAGAGUCUUUAUGAUUUUACAUAAUAGCUGGUAUGGCAGCUCUGUAGAGAACUACAGCAACAUGUUUUUCUUGUAAUAUUAUUACUACUAUUCUAACAGUUGAACUAUUUCUCUUCUUUUGAGUGUGGCCCUAAUGCCCUUCCCAAAAUUGACCAGGCUGGAUGUAUUCACAAGUAGACAUAUGUGAUAUGGUUCAUGUCUAUGUUUUAGCAUAAUAAUAAUAUGUUUAGGUCACUUUUAUUGACUUUUUCUUGGCUUUCUUUGUUGUUGUUGUUGUUUUUGGCAUUAUCCCGCUUGGCAUUGGCUCGUGCCUGCAGCCUCCCAUCAGGGUGGAAUACAAAGUCAAUCAAUCAGCCACAGCAACAGCUGCAUGUGACAAGUCCCUGUCUGACACCCCAAUGCCUUCCAACUGUCUGAAGAACCCCACCCCACCCCCAACACACACACACACACACACACACACACAACCCCACCCUCCAUCAUCAUCAUCAUCAUCAUCAUCAUCCCGCCACGCCGCCCAAGUGUCUUUGCAGAAGCAACGUCAGCUCACGUACGUGCUGCGUGGUGGUGCUGUGUUGUACGUAAGCAAGUCACCGGGAGGAGAUGAUGGACGCUAUGGGAGUCAUGUGACACAUUUCACUGCAGCAUAUCUUUCUUUAUCCUUCUGUUUUCUUUUGUUUUUGCUAAGGCAAUUAAAUUUGUAAAGAUCAAACACUGUUGUCUUUUCAUUUUGACACAUUUACUGUGACUUUUGGUCACGUUUACACCGAGCAAAUAAGUGGACUAAGGUGGGCUGAUGUUCUCUGAUGGGCCCAUUCGAAAGUGCCCCAAAAUGAAUAUGACACACUUGCAGCAUCCGUCCAAUCAGCCGUUAAAACAUUUUGCGUUCCGUUUAAAUAGAAUUUUUGUCAAAUCGCCGUUAUUUUCGAGUUCACGCAUUUUCAAGUUCAACCAAACUAUGCCUCAAAGGUGAAAAACUUUGAAACUUAGUGCAUUAACGAUGCUGAAACCAAUCCAAUGCUAAGAUAUCUGAACAUCCACAAUUGAGCUUUUCCUUAGAUGUGAUGCAGCAAAUGUGUCCUAUCUCAUAAUAUAUCGCAUUCGUAAUGAGCUGCAUGACAGAAAUGGCCCCGGGCCACACUUUGGACACCCCUGAUCUAUAGGAUUAACUCUACGAGUGUUUAGUUGCUUUUUCUUUGGCUAUUUGAAAUGUUUUUUGUAAUGUCACCGCAGAAGUGUACCAGUGAUUGCAAAGAAUAAAAGUGUGAUGAUGACCAUAGAACCAGUAAUGGACCUUACAUUUUUCCAAAUCCAGCACUAAAACACCACGAGAUGACAGCAUCGCUGUGCGAACACCUUUCUGUUCCCGCUCCACUGCGUGUCUUCAACGGGUGAGCACAGGACGUUUACUUGAUUUUAGCUUUAUUCUUCACUGGGUCACUUCUCUGUAUGACCGUUACAUUUAGGCAGUCAUUUCUUUUUACGCUUAAAAAAAUGGCC